AUUAGUAUAAUAUUAUAAUAUUAUUAUUGUAAUAGAAUAUUACGUGAGUCUGACAUUAUUAGUCUCCAUAUUUUAGAGCUGACGAGCGAGUAGCCUACCUAAAGGGAAAUAAAAACCAGUCAGACAGCCUAGGCAGGUUCGUCAGAAACCUUAGAGCCAAUGAGAGACAUCCUUGUCUUGAGAGGCUGAUUUAGUCUCUCACUCAGACACAAAACACACUCUCACAGGUUUAAGAUGAGUGGGCCGGUACAGAGGCAGCCUCAGGCCGUGAUUGUUUCCUCUGAUGCAGCUGAAUGGGCUUCUGGGGUCUGUGACUGCUGCAACGACAUGCCAGAUUGUUGCUUUGCCUUCUGGUGUUGUCCCUGUUUUGCCUGUAAAACCACUAAACAGUUCGGUCAGUGUCUCUGUCUUCCCCUGCUGGAUGUCUUUGGGUGCACCCGUCCAAUCACCAUGUCCAUGAGAGUCUCCGUACGUCAACGCUACGGCAUCAAAGGCAGUUUGUGCACCGACUGUUUGUGCUCCACCUUUUGUGUGCCCUGCGUCUGGUGUCAGAUGGCCAGAGAGAUGAAAGAGAGGCAACUCCCCACCACGCUGGGUGACAUAAUCCUCCGCUAAUGGCAUCAUCGCUGUUACAUUUUUGCUGUGACAACAUCACUGUGACUCAAUCCUGUAAUGUUUACAUGUUUACCAAACCACCACACCUCCCUGACACUUUACUUAUUAAUUAUCUGCUUUGCACAAUCUUGUAUUUUUCUUUAAUUUUCAUCAAACAUGAUUGUUUUUUUUUAAUUUAUCUUUUUCAUUAAUUUAGUUUGAUGCAUCGUGUAUGUUUUGAAGUUUUUUUUGUCCCACACAUUGUAUUCUGCACUAAUUGAGGCCAAGCACGACAGGCAACUCGUCAAUUUUGAUAUUUUGGGCAAUUUUGCUUGAAAGAAUAUGUCCUCUUUCAGACUAAUAAAAAAGAAAAAAGAACUUUUUUUUUUACUACACUUUGUCUAUUUGCGUCUGUGGAUAUCUCUUUAAAGUCUCCAAAAGUUAGCAUUAGAUAAUGCAUAAUGUUUUGCAUGUUUAAACAUAAUUUCAUAAACCUUGUAAUACAAUAAUAAUUGUCUUUUUGUAAGGAAUCAAACGGGCAAGUUCCAUGGUAAAAUACAUUAGUUCAAAUGUUUGCCCUAUUCACCUGUAGCGUCUCCCUUUAAGGAUUCAUCUUCAUACUCAGUAAAAUAAUAAAAUCACGUAUUUACUGAGAGCACCUUUUUCAGAAAGAGAAAAAACACAGAGAGACAUACAGAGGAUAUAGACUCUAUAAAGCCGGGGAAGGCAGACGGUAAUUUUUCGACUACCAGUGACAACAAACCACAGCCAGGUUGUACCCGCAUGAAUCUUGAUGAGCGGGCAGCCCGCAAGAACAAAAAAAAAAGUGAAAGCAACUCUGUAAGUAAAGUCAUCAAGGCGACUACUGGUGACAAUGUUAACAACGAAGACCAUAUCGAUGGCUUCACAACCCACCGGCUAUUCGGUAUUCUAUGCUAUCUUCCGGAUUUCGAGGCCAAAAAUUGAUUGAGGGAAUGAGAUUUCUCUUGGCACAGUUGUCCAGAACACCGGGAUCUGUUGGUCCACUUUAACUGUCUCUGGUUAAGCUAGGUAGGCUUUAGGGGAGGCCAAACAUUAUGUGUUUUGAUACAUACCCUUCUCAAAAUGACGCCAACAUGUUCUUAUGUGAAAUAGGAACGUGUUGGCGUUAUUUUGUCACUUAUUGGGAGCAGUAGCUAGUUGGAGCCAGUUACCUGCAUGAUCUUUGCUAAGCUAAGCUAAUGCUGGGGUCGUCAGACAGCACACACGGGGAUGAGAAGGGUAUGUAUCGACCUGUCUAACUCUGGGGGUAACGGUGAAAACUAAAGUCCCAAAAAGUUGCCGU